AGCGCAGGCGCGGCCGUUCCCCCUCUGCCCGUAGGUGUCCAGCACUGAUCCCGGUACGGUGCUUGCGGUUGCGUUCGUGUCGGCGGCGCCCCGGGGAGGCGGUAUGGCGGAGAGCCCGGGUCAGCCGGUAGGGAGCGACGAGCCGCGGGGAGCGGGCGAAGAAGAAGGCGCGGAGGCAGUGGGGAAGCCGCAGACCGUGCUGUGCCCCGAUGGGGGAGAGGAACCCACCGAUGAGUCCUCCGACGGCGGAGGGGGUGCCAGUGGGCAAGAGGAGGCCGCCGUGCUCAACGAGGUGCCCGGCGAAGAGGGUGGUGGAGAGCCCGGAGGGGUAGCGGAAAGCCAAGGAGCGGGGCAACAGAAGGAGGCAGAGUUGUCGAGACCCGAUGGAGACGGUGCGGCUCUGGAGGGAAGGGAACCGGCAGCGGCCGCGGGAGUGGAGUCCGCGCCGGCGGGGGUAGAGCCAGAGCAGGCGGCGGGGAAAGUGGCUCUGGUGGGAACAGAGCCCGAAGAAGCGGCGGUGGCCCCGGCGGUAGCAGAGCCCGAAGAAGUGAUAGUGACAGCCCCAUCGGGGUCGGACCCCGAGGAUGUGGUACAGGAGGUGAAGGCGGUGGGAGCAGAACCCGAAGAGGCUGCCCCGUCCGGGACGGUUCCUGAGGAUGCAGUGAGAGAGGAAGCCCCGUCCGGUACGGUCCCCGAGGAGGCAGCGAGAGAAGAAGCUUCGUCGGGACCAAGCCCCGAGGAGGUAGUGAGAGAUGAAACCCCGUCCGAGACGGACGCCGAGAAGGCUACGAGAGAGGAAGCCCCGUCGGGGCCAAGCCCCGAGGAAGCUAUGAGAGAGGAAGCCCCACUGGGGACGGAACCCGAGGAGGCUAUGAGUGAGGAAGCUCCGUCGGGGACGGAGCCCGAAGAGGUGAUGCAAGAAGCCCAGGUUGGGACAGACCCCGAGGACGCGGUGCAGGAAGAAGCCCCGUCGGUGCCAAGCCCCGAGGAAGAAGCGGUGAUAGAGGAAGCCCCGUCGGGGGCAGAACUUGAGAAGGAGGAGGAAGAGGCCCCAGCUGGAGACGAAGAGGCCACCCAGCGCCCCGGGGUUGCAGAGGACGCGGUGCCGGCUGCAGGGGAGACCGAUGGCGGCCGGCAGUCGCCGGCAGGCCCCGAAGGGGAGGACGGAGCCGAGGUCCUGCCGGGGGCUGAGCGAAGAGCCGGAACCGGGGAGGCGGCGGAGGCCGGAGAGGAGAACGCUGCCUCGGGGGGAGGAGGCGCGGCGGCGGCGGGGCGGCCCGGAGGGUGGCCGGGCACCGAGGGCGGCGAGUGGGAGUCGGCUGGCCUGAGCCUGAACGGGGUGCAGGGCCGGGCGGAGGAUGAGGAGGACGAGACGGGCUCGCCGACCGCGCUGGAGGAUGAGGAGAAGCAGGAGUACGACAUCUCUCUCUUCGUCAAGGCUGGCAGUGAUGGGGAAAGUAUUGGAAAUUGCCCGUUCUCGCAGCGUCUCUUUAUGAUCCUUUGGCUAAAGGGUGUCAUAUUUAAUGUCACAACUGUGGACUUGAAAAGAAAACCUGCUGACCUGCAGAACCUGGCCCCGGGGACGAACCCACCCUUCAUGACGUUUGAUGGUGAAGUCAAAACUGAUGUCAAUAAGAUUGAGGAGUUCUUGGAAGAAAAGCUAGCACCGCCCCGGUAUCCCAAACUUGCACCGAAGCACCCUGAGUCUAACUCUGCAGGAAAUGAUGUGUUUGCAAAAUUCUCUGCAUUCAUAAAGAACCCAAGAAAAGAUGCUAAUGAAAAUCUGGAAAAAUCUUUGCUUAAAGCCCUGAGGAAGCUGGACAACUAUUUAAAUAGCCCCUUGCCUGAUGAAAUUGAUGCUUAUAGCACUGAGGAGAUCACUGUGUCCUGCCGGAAAUUCCUGGAUGGAGAUGAGCUCACCUUAGCAGAUUGCAACCUCCUACCAAAGCUCCACAUAAUUAAGGUUGUUGCAAAGAAAUACAGAAAUUUUGAUUUCCCACCCGAAAUGACGGGGAUUUCAAGAUACUUGAAUAAUGCAUAUGCAAGAGAUGAAUUUACAAACACUUGUCCUGCUGAUCAAGAAAUCGAGUAUGCAUAUUUGGAUGUUGCAAAGAGAAUGAAUAAUUUCCUGGCAAAGAUGCUUUGCAGCAGUGGCCUGGAUUUCAGCAGGCAAGAUUUAACCCAACUUUGGUUUGUUUUGGAGGAAUGGUGUCUCAAACCUGCAGUUGGAUCUGGGAAGCAAUGCACACAGACCGUGCUCCUUACUGCUGAAUAAAAAUACAAAGGGUCAGUGCGUAAUCCCUGACCUUGGGGCCACCUAGCACAAAGCACAUUCCCUCUGCUGGGGACUGGCCAUGUUUUAACAGUGUGGUCUGGGAAAGAGGAGGUUUUGAUGGUUCCCUUACUGCUCAUACCCAUGCAGAAGUUUGUGGCUCCAGCUCUCCACCAUGGGUUGCUGUCUUCACAAACGUUGCUAUCUAAAUCAGCAAAUUUUGAUUGAUAUUUGCAUAUUUCAAGCAACACAGGGAAGAGAUGUGCAUAGAGAAGUUCUAGAAAUGACCCAGUGUGUCAGCAAACUGCAGUUACUUCAUUUGCCUAGGAUAGGAAGAGCUAAAGUGCUUGCAUAGUCCUGCAGUGUGUGGAGCCAUACCUAUGACGUUUUGAAUGUCUAAUUCCACCCCCUGAACAUGUUUAAGGAAAAGCUGUUGUCCACCUUUGAGUUGCUCUAUUUUUAAAAGACCAUGGAAAUACUUUUAAAUUUAC